CAGCCAAUUCGAUCCUGCGAAAGCUUAGUUCGGAAGCCUGGGCUAGAAGCGGCGUCGCUGAGCGGCACAGCGCCAAGCCCCUGGCGAGAAAACGCAAGCCCCGCCCUACAGGAGGCUCCGCCCCUGCGCCGGCGGUUGCUAGGCGGCGGGAAAGCGGCAGCUCCGUGUGGGCGGCACGCGGGGGCGCGAGGAGGGAGGCGCCGGACGCUGCGCAGCGCUGGGAAUCGGCUUUCGACGCGGCGAUUGGGCGCCGGGCGGCGUUGGGCUGGGAAUUCUGUGCGCUGGCGCCGCCGGGCGGGGGCGCUCGGUGGGCCUCGGGCGGCCUCGAAAGCCUCGCUACCGGAAGCCGCUGACCUCGGGGCCUGGAUUUACCUCACAAAAGAGUACUUCAUUGUACGGAAAAUGAAUCGUUCCUCAAAGAUGUCAGUUACUGGUGUUUCAAAAUCAGGUAAUCCACGUUCCGGAAAAGGCCGCAAAGUACAUAUGCCAAAUGUUAUAAAGACAAAGACAACACAACAAAUUAAAAAAAAUAUUUCAGCUCAAAAGAUACAGAGAGCUUGGUUAUCUCACAUGGACAAAACAAUAUUUCAACUCCUAAAGCACACAAUAUGUGCAGCGGAGCAUUUUGUGUCAUAUGAAAUACUGAAGAAAGUGAGCCCCUUAGAGGCUGAGCUUGUUAAAGAUCCUAGCAUGAAGUGUAAAGUUAGAUUCAGAUUUAGUGGUGAAACCUUUCCACCUUUCAUUGUGUUUAAAAUUUUUCUUCAAACUGAAGGCCAUGGUUACAAGUAUUUCAGUGGAAAAAAUUUAUUAAAGCCGUCAAGUGAGGCAGUGGUUGAUGCUUGCAAAAUAAUGGGGAAAAAGAAAUUUUAUCAUCAAAUUAUGGAAGAUGAACAUCUUUUCCAGAAGUUCAAAGUAACUGAUGAAAUAGAUGUUGUUACUCUGAAAGAUUACAUGCAAUAUUCCAGUCUUCUGGAUGAGACCCCUGCAUCUUUUGGUGGCAGAAAUAACUACUGGCGGAGAUUAAACCUCAAAAACAUUCCCAAGACAAUGAUAAUAUAUGACAUAGUUGAUUAUGCAGAGUCUGGAAUAAUCUCAAACCGUCUACGAAAAGAAAUGAAGCAUCUGUUAGAGAGACCACAAACAGAAGAGAUGCGUCAGCACCAGCUACAGAUUGUUUCUGAAAUUAGGUGCCCUUCAUCCUUCUCAAGUAUUCAACCUUUGUAUCGGCCCUACCAACAGCAAAGUCAAAUUAGACAUCUAGGUCGUCGAUCCAAGCAAGCUAAAAUGAAAGUUGAAAAAAUGAGAAAAACUUCUAAGAUGGCUAAAGAAAAAAGUGCUUCUACGGGGACUGAACUGCAAAUGGACACACCAGGUACAAAGCAACAAAAGACGAUCAUCUUCUCUACCCCAUCUUUUGACAUUGUGAAAAUUAAUGAAGUCACAUCAGAUGACAAAUUGGAAAAAGAAGAAAAGGAAUUAUUUGCCUGGUGUCAAGACUUGUGUAUUAAUAAUUCUCUAUCAUAUUAAUGCAUAGCUAAUUGACAGGAAACCAACUUAUUUAACACUCUGCUUGUCUGUCUAUAAAUGAUGAGUAUGAGUAUUAAAGGAAAACAAAAUAUAAACAAGCCCUCAGUAUGCUCUCUUAACUAAAUGUGUGACAGAUUUUUAAGCCCUUUAUGUGUUACUGUAGGUACAAAUAUUUUUACUGACAGAAUUUUAGUCUGAAUAAAUUAUUUCAACUAGUUGCCCUCGAACUAACCAUAUACAGUUUUCUUCAAGAAAUGAUGAGUAAAUUAGUCCCUGGAACGUUUAUUCAGUUUUGAUUUUCCUUCAUUUUAAAAAUAUCUGAACAGGCUGUGCUUAGCAUAAAUAUUAGAAUUCACAGAAUAAAAGGCUGCUCUUGAGUCAGCCUCCAGUGUCUUGUUUUUAGUAGCAUGUUGUUCUUACAGGACAGCUUGUGAUUGACCUAUUCUGAAUUAUAAUAGAAACAAUAAUGAAUUUGCUGCUACAGUAGGCAUGACAUAGCAUAGCUAAUCAUUAUUAAGCAUUGUGAGCACCUGGGCAGAAUGUUGCAUCUGCUUUAAUGUUGCACUUUGGAUAUUUGUCAAGUAUAAAGACUGUUUUGAGUAAUAUUUAUCAAUUUCCUUUUGAAUUGAUAAAUUCCCAUUCCUGAUAUGGUGGAAAUUAUUGAUAUUUUUGUGAUCCAGGCUAUUAGAGUAUAUCAAACCUUCCCAGAGGCUGUGAUAAUUAAACAAAGUACAUUAUUAUUGAACUUUAAAAAUAUGAUUUUUUAUUUUGUAUAACGUUUAAAAUGUGGAGGUUGAUUGCUCAUUUAACUCAGGCAAGGCGGCCUAUAAAUGGAUCUCAUCCUCUGCUAAAAGACUCUUUUAAGUGAUAAAGAAUAUUGGAGUAAAUGUGUAUGAUUCCCACUAGAAUAUGUUUAACAUAAAUGUGUACUCUUCAAUAUUAAUAUAUCCUCACUUGAUAUCCAAAAACAGGCUGGAUAGUCUCCUUGUUUUCAGAGCUUGUACUGGACACUGGUUGAAUAGAAAACACAUAUUUGUCCUCAUGAAUCACGCAUAUUCUCAUCCAUUAAAUUGGAAAGCAGUCCUUCAUCCAAUCAAAUGCAUAUCAGAUUCAGUUCAUCCAUAUAUGUGCAAUAAUAAAGGCAAACAACUCCAAGAUGGUAGAACUAGGAUUGAAGGAUCCCGGAUUCUUUUGUCAUUGAUUGAAGGAGCAACAGCCAGAGCAGCAGCCCGACCUGAUGAACUGUGAUGUUUUCUCUAGGACACAGCAAAUAUCUGGAAUGUUUAGUUUUGUUUUAAUCCAAUCUGAGGAUAUCUUUCUUUUGACUGCAAUUCAAGAACAGGAUGUUUCGAUCCCUCCUUUUGUUUUGAGCCUGAGGACACUGUGACUCCAUGUUUGUGAGUACAAACAUUCUAAUCAGAAUCAUGCCAACAUUGAUGAAAUUUUAUGAAGAACAUAUUUUCCUCAGCAAACUCAAAUCAAUUUAAUUCCUUGAUAUCAAUUUUCUAUAUAAUGCAGGUAAAAUG